AUGGCUCGAUGGCAAGGGUUCGGAGGUACUGGUCUCGUGCUGCUCCGGUACUUGGUGACUCGAUCUCACAAGUACAACGACCGUGACCACGCCGGCCUGGCCGACGGAACUGCCUCUCCCCAAGAGCACCUGCCUCGCUACUUUGCGAAGCACGGCCACGAGGGCGUCGAUCCCAAGAAGGUGAAGAAGAAUGGUGGCGGCAGAAGCAAUUGGGGCAAUGCUGGCGAGGAAGUCAUUGACGAGGACUUCCGCUUCACCAAUGCUCGCCGCCGCACCAACAGCAGUGGCUUCGCUGAUAACAUCGGCGCCUUCAAGACCAAGUUCGACGUCAACGAACCCGAGCCUGUCUUUGAAGAGUCCAUACACGGCCCCUCCGAGGAAGACGGCGAGGACCUCACCAAGACCGAGUCCUCCGAGAGUGGUCGCUCUUCUGCCUAUGGUGAUGAGAAGAUCACCAAGCACUAA